CCCACGCUCGCGGACCCAGCGAGCAGCAAUUGCGGCCCCCCCGGCGCUCACAGGCUGCAGGCCGCGUCCAGGCUGAACUCUCGCUGUCGCGCCGUCCGCCUGAGCGCUUCCUUCCAUCAUGCUGUGGAGGGGCAGCCAGGCGCUCCGGCUCUUCUCCACCGGCCAGGUUUAUUUCAAAAACAAGCUGAAGUUGGCACUCAUUGGUCAGAGCCUCUUUGGGCAGGAAGUCUACCACCACCUCUGCAAAGAGGGCCACCGAGUUGUAGGCGUGUUCACAGUUCCAGACAAGGAUGGAAAAGCUGACCCGCUGGCUCUAGCUGCAGAGAAAGAUGGGACCCCUGUGUUCAAGUUCCCCAGAUGGAGAGUCAAGGGCAAGACCAUAAAGGAGGUGGCAGAGGCCUACAAAUCUGUGGGUGCUGAGCUAAACGUGCUUCCCUUCUGCACACAGUUUAUCCCUAUGGAUAUCAUUGACAGCCCAAAGCACGGUUCCAUCAUAUAUCACCCCUCCAUCCUUCCCAGGCACAGAGGAGCCUCUGCUAUCAACUGGACUCUAAUUAUGGGCGAUAAGAAAGCUGGUUUUUCUGUUUUCUGGGCUGAUGAUGGUUUAGACACAGGACCCAUCCUUCUUCAGAGGUCAUGUGACAUUGAACCCAAUGAUACAGUGGAUGCACUUUAUAAUCGGUUUCUUUUUCCUGAAGGAAUCAAGGCCAUGGUGGAAGCUGUCCAACUCAUAGCUGAUGGAAAAGCUCCUCGGAUUCCCCAGCCGGAAGAAGGGGCAACAUAUGAAGGUAUCCAGAAAAAGGAAAAUGCUGAGAUUUCUUGGGAUCAGUCGGCCGAAGUUUUACAUAACUGGAUCCGAGGUCAUGAUAAAGUCCCUGGAGCUUGGACAGAGAUAAAUGGACAGAUGGUCACGUUCUACGGCUCAUCAUUGCUGAAAAGCUCCGUGCCUCCUGGAGAACCACUGGAAAUUAAAGGUGCCAAGAAGCCUGGUCUUGUUACCAAAAAUGGACUUGUUCUUUUUGGUAAUGAUGGAAAAGCACUGAUGGUGAGAAAUCUGCAGUUUGAAGAUGGAAGAAUGAUUCCUGCUUCUCAGUACUUUUCAGCCGGCGAGACAUCGGUGGUAGAACUUACAGCCGAAGAGGUGAAGGUGGCAGAGACCAUCAAGGUCAUCUGGGCUGGAAUUUUAAGCAAUGUCCCUGUCAUUGAAGACUCAACAGACUUCUUUAAAUCUGGAGCAAGCUCAAUGGAUGUUGUCAGGCUGGUUGAAGAGAUCAGACAGAAGUGUGGUGGGCUUCAGCUACAGAACGAAGAUGUCUACAUGGCCACCAAGUUUGAAGACUUCAUCCAAAAAGUUGUGAGGAAACUGAGAGGAGAAGAUCAAGAAGUGGAGCUGGUCGUGGAUUAUGUUUCGAAGGAGGUCAAUGAAAUGAUAGUGAAAAUGCCAUAUCAGUGUUUCAUAAAUGGAGAGUUCACAGAUGCUGAUGAUGGAAAGACCUACGAUACUAUCAACCCAACAGACGGAUCUACCAUAUGCAAAGUAUCCUAUGCUUCUUUGGUGGACGUUGAUAAAGCAGUAGCAGCCGCAAAAGAUGCCUUUGAAAAAGGUGAAUGGGGAAGGAUGAAUGCGAGAGAAAGAGGAAGAUUGAUGUACAGACUUGCAGACCUCCUGGAAGAGAACCAAGAAGAGUUGGCAACCAUUGAAGCCCUUGACUCGGGCGCUGUCUACACCCUGGCUCUGAAGACUCACAUCGGAAUGUCUGUGCAAACAUUCAGAUACUUUGCUGGCUGGUGUGACAAAAUCCAGGGUUCUACCAUUCCAAUCAACCAGGCCCGUCCAAAUCACAAUCUGACCUUCACCAGGAAGGAGCCACUUGGCGUCUGCGCCAUUAUCAUCCCCUGGAAUUACCCGCUGAUGAUGCUGGCGUGGAAGAGCGCUGCGUGUUUGGCAGCAGGCAAUACCUUAGUGCUCAAGCCAGCGCAGGUCACACCCUUGACUGCUUUGAAGUUUGCUGAGCUCUCUGUGAAAGCAGGCUUUCCAAAGGGGGUAAUCAACAUCAUUCCAGGCUCAGGUGGCAUAGCAGGGCAACGCCUUUCUGAACAUCCUGAUAUCCGCAAACUUGGUUUCACUGGGUCCACUGCUAUUGGCAAACAGAUCAUGAAGAGCUGUGCUGUGAGCAACUUGAAGAAAGUUUCCCUUGAACUUGGUGGCAAAUCCCCACUUAUAAUAUUCAAUGACUGUGAACUUGACAAGGCCGUGCGAAUGGGCAUGGGGGCAGUCUUUUUCAACAAAGGAGAGAAUUGCAUUGCAGCUGGACGGUUGUUUGUGGAAGAAUCCAUCCACGACGAAUUUGUGACAAGAGUGGUGGAAGAAAUUAAAAAGAUGAAAAUUGGUGAUCCACUUGACAGAUCUACUGAUCACGGGCCCCAAAAUCAUCAGGCCCAUCUGGAAAAGCUUCUGCAAUACUGUGAAGCUGGGGUGAAAGAAGGGGCCACCUUGGUGUACGGGGGAAGACAAGUCCACAGGCCAGGCUUUUUUAUGGAACCAACUGUUUUCACAGAUGUGGAAGACCACAUGUAUCUUGCCAAAGAGGAGUCAUUUGGGCCUAUUAUGGUCAUUUCUAAAUUCCAAAAUGGGGACAUCGAUGGAGUGUUGCAGCGAGCAAAUAAUACAGAGUACGGUCUGGCCUCAGGGGUUUUUACGAGAGACAUCAGUAAAGCCAUGUAUGUGAGCGAAAAACUAGAAGCAGGAACUGUUUUUGUGAACACGUACAACAAGACGGAUGUGGCAGCCCCUUUCGGGGGAGUGAAACAAUCUGGCUUUGGGAAAGAUUUAGGGGAGGAAGCUCUAAACGAAUACCUCAAAACCAAGACGGUGACGCUGGAGUACUAGGGCCGUGCCAUCUUCGGGAACCCUCGGCAGCACCACUCCUGAUCCCUCAACGCCCUUCAGAAGCCCGGUGCGCUGAGGGACGAGGGACCAGCCACGAGCCGGAAAACGCACACACGGACCAUAAAGUGGGUCAAGGCCACAUGUCCAAGCAUUUACACCCGUGCCUAUUUUCUGAUACACCUUUUAUACUUUAAAACGAUUUGUAGUUGUUGGGGGUUGACUACGCUGUAUAUCCCACAUGUUUCUAAACCGCCAAGUUGCUUUUCCUCCUCCCCAACACUAAUCUAGCCACUGUCGUUCAUCUUGAAAAAUGCAUCAGGCCGUUAUAAUGCACAUGGUGCGUUUGGGGGAAACUUCGCAUAACAUGUGUAGGUUUUAACCUCUGAACUCUACCUAUGGGGCUAUUUAAAAAGAUUUUCUAUAAUUUUGCUCUCAAGGAACAGCAUAUCCCGUAAGGAAUGUGAAGCAAAUUCCUUUUUUUUUUUUAUAUUUGGAAAUAAGAUACAUCUUUGUGCCUUUUGAUGUUCUAUUUUCCACCUACUGUGAUGGACAAGCAACGCAAAACAGUGCUUGAGUACUUACUAGGUAUGGGGUACUAUGUGAUGUUCUGAGGACAUUUACCAUAGACAUACACUUACCGUAGAAUUCAAUGACAUCAGCUCUGGCCCCAGAUAGCUUAAGUUCUAAUAAAUAGCUUUUAAAAAGUGAAUUUUACGGGGUGAUAUAGAGUGUAAAUGGCCUUUGGAGGCUGGUCUUGGUUCAUAUCCUACCAUCUUGCCAUGUGACUUGGGGAAACUUCCUCAACUUCUCCCAGCCUCAGUUUCCUUAUCUGUCAAAUGGGGAUAGUAAUGCCUUCCUCAGGAGAUUUAUUCUGAGGAGUCAGUGCAAUAACAGCAGCACCUUGCAUUGUGCUAUGUUCAGGGUCCUCGAGAAAAAAUCAACUUUGCUUCCCCCAUCGCUAUUUUAAAAAUAUAUCGAGACAAACUAACUAGAUGACUUAAUUUCCCUACAGUCCUUUUCAGGAGUCACUGAUUCCUACACUCUGUUAUUCUGACACGGUGCUUGACGCAGCAGCGCUGGAAAAGGCCAUAUCAUGAAAAAUAGCAAUGGUACGAGGGAAAGGAUCGCUCUUCCUUUGGCAGCUCAUUUGUUCUUCAUUGAACAUCUCGUUUUCCACUUUUCUACCUGCCGAUUCCGCUGUGUGACCACUGGUUGGGUGAUCUUAGGCAAGUUAGUUACCUACUGUCUCAGAGCCUUGGUAUCUAUAUAAUGGGGAUAAAGUCCCUGUCUCACGAGGUGUUGGAAGGAUUCAAUGGGAUGAUAUGCUUCACACACCUGACAAGCUGUUUGGACCACACAGUCUGCUGCGCCCAAGAAAUGGGAAUUAGUACAAUCCAUGCAGGACUCACAAAAUUGACUGUUGUCAGACAAAAAUAGGUGAGUAAAUUACCACCAUCCACAUGUGACGAGAAGGUGAGAUCCUGAACCGCAGUGUUAUCGGAGGAUGGUCUGGGCAAUGAACUCCCACUACUCCUCCUUUUAAAGUAACAUUUCAGUAAACACUCCUAUCUCUGACUUUGAAGAAGCCCUUAGCGAACACUUGGCACUUUAGAGACUCAGCAGCUUGUCAUAAAGGGAAUGUGGGGAACCAAUUAACAAACAACGACAAAACCAGAGGCAGAAAACAUCCAAAGGGAAGAACACCAGGUGUGAUCCUGGCAUGCUCAAGAGAGUAUAUUUUGCCUGUGAGCAUUUUUUAUUACACAAUAGCUCAUUUACCAUCAGAGUCGGGCACAGCUGAAAUUCUAAAUUGGAAUGAAUAUUCUCUGAGUCCAAAUUGACAGCUCAUAUUUGAAUUAAAUGACAAAGGCCUUAUUAUAAAGGAACCACUUUUAAAUGCAGCCUUUUAACAGAUUUCAUAUGAACUAAAAUAUCACUUUACCAAAAAUUUUUUUAAAAGAUUUUCUCUAUUUAUUUGACACACAGAGAGAAAGCACACAUUCAGGGGGAGAGGCAAAGGAAGAGGGAGAAGGCUUCCUGCCGAGCAGGGGCAGGACUCGGGGCUUGACCCCAGGACCCUGAGAUCAUGACCUGAGCUGAAGGCAGACGCUUAACCAGCUAAGCCACCCAGGCUCCCCCGAAUAUUUUAAUGAUAGAUAAAAUGGCAAACAAAACCAUGUCCGUCUCUUCUGGACUGAUUUUACCGCCUAUUACGUAUCUCAGUAGCAGUGUUUUUCAUCUUCUUUGGGCCACACACCUCUGAGAAUCUGCAAAAAGCUGUGGAGCCCUUCUGUGCCAUUUCUACCCAAAUUCCCGCACGCAUACCUAAUUCUGCAAGUAUCUUCAAGGGAUUCGCAGAUCUCCUAAAGCCCAUGCUUGGAGAUUAACAGCUUCUUCCAUAGCACGUUCUAAAGUUCCUACUGGCUUGAGUCUUUGUAUUUGACUGCUGAUCAGAAUCAAAGGUUCCAUGGAAUUCACAAAAUGACAGUGAAUUUUAAUUGGAACAUAAUGACCCACAGCCUACCAGGUGAUUUAAUUAACACAGGGAAUAAUUAGAUUAUCGCUAUUCUGGGCGCCUGGCUGGCUCAGGUGGUGGAGCAUGCAACUCUCGAUCUUGGGGUCGUGAGUUCGAGCCCCAUGUUGGGCACAGAGAUUACUUAAGAAAACAUUUCUUUUUAGAGAUAAUCACUAUUCUUUCGGAUCACAGAUUAUUUUGCUAAAGAAUAAAGCUGUGAUCUGAUUGUUACCUGCAUGGGGAGAUGUGGACACUCCAAGUGUGUCUUCUGAUCCUCUUCUGCUUGCCUUGGCUAAAGCAGUCACCUUUUGCUCCCACACCCUUUGUGGCUUCCUACCCCCAGCUUGGUUUGAGGGUCUCUCCUCUAAGCUCUCACUUGUCAGGAACACAGUACUUAUCACUUGGUGCUAAAAUUUUCUGCCUUCCUAAUCAGAUAGGAGCACCCCUUUUCCACCCCAGGAUUGGCCUUUUUUUGGUCAACAGUAACCACAGCUAUCAUGUAUCAAGGGCCUCCUGUGUGCUAGACACUCUAGCAAGCACUUUGUAAAUGCCGUCUUGUUUAAUCUUCACAACAUCUGAGAAAAAUGAGUAAGUUGAGGGGCCCUUCUUACCAGCUCCCUGACUACCGACCCAGCCUCACCGCUGAUUCUGGUUACGCCCGGGGCCCCCAACCUGCCUUCCUCAUUCCUCCCUGUGUGGAUCAGUUCGAAGUCUCAGUGAGAUGCUGUCACUCCUUGCUCUGCCCAAACCUUCCAAUGGCCCCCAAUUUGAUAAAGUCAGGUGUACUUACUGGGGUCUACGAAGUCCUGUCGAUCUUGCUCCUGGCUCCCUCGAACGUCGUCUCCUAUGAACAUCCCUCUUGUUCUGCCUGGCCACCCGGCUGCCUUGAUGUUCCUCGAACAGACAAGCAAACUCUUACCUCAGGACCUUCGCAUUUACUGUUCCUCUUCCCAGUGGCGUGCUGGUAAAUAUUUAUCAAAUGGUUCUCGGGGGGAAAAGACUCCUGGAGCGGUUGCUAACGUCUGUGUAGAAAUGCUGUCAUCAAGGCUGAUGGCAAACUACAGAUGUGUGCGGUCUGAGUACGUGCAGUCAGUGCCGGCACACCAGUGCCUCUUCCUGCAGUCAGACCUCAUCUGCCCUGUCAUUAUGUAGUCUUCUUAUCCUGCCUUAUUUUCAUAGCAUUUAUCACAACCGGGCCCCUUUAUUUAUUGUCGGUCUCUCCCCAUCAGAACGCGAACUUCACGAACAGGUGCUUCUUUGUUCAGUGCUGCAUCGGCAACGCCUAACAUGUAGAAGGAGCUCAACAAAUAUUUGCUAACAAAAGAGGUCAAGUGACCUACCCAAAUCACACAGCUGUUAAGUGGCAGAAGAGGCACCCUUGGCAGAGAAGCUGGGGGCCUUAACCAAGCUGGAUGGCUUUUCCUGCCGAGGCCUACAUCAGGGCCCGGGUGGUGAACAGCAGCACACACCGAACAUCUGUCACCGUCUGCAAGAGCUGUGGUGCAAGUGGCCGGCGACAGGGUGAACAGCUGAACCGGUUCCCCCAUACCUGCCCUCCAGGAAAGGAGAGCUGUAGAGGGGAAGCUGGGCUGAAGGAGAUUCUCGGAUAUGAGACAUGGUGGAUGGGGUGAUUAUCAUCGCUGUUAUGCAAAUAAUACCCUAGUGGAUUUUUAAAAUGAUUCAAUAAUACCUAAUUAUGUAAAAAUAUAUAAAAUCAGAAGGUAAGAUUCCACUAUAAACUCUCCACACAGAAAGAACCACAGGCAUUUGAGAUUGUUCCAGACUUUUCCUAUGAAUCUGUAUUUUACAGAAUUACUAGAAUACCGUACGUAACUUUGUUACCUGCCUUUUGCAAUUAACAAUAUACAAGCAUCUUUCUGUGUCAAUAAACAUACUUCUUCCUGUGUUCAGUGGC